AGAGGAAUUUUCAGAGCGCAAAAGACUCUUUAGAAAAGAGAAGAUAGGCUGGAAUUUGUUGGUGGAAAAAAUCAAUACUUUCUUUGAACGUCAAGAUACACGCGGAUACAAAUUUGACAUCGCUUCAAAAGGAAACAUAUUUAUAGUUGAAAUGGAAAACGCAGAACACGCAUUUGUUGUCAAGCGUCUUGAUAAAUAUUUUGAAGUUCCCAACGGAGGUGUCGCUGAUAAUCCUCCAAUAGAUAUUCUAGGUGCUUCAGCUCACUAUAAGCCACGUGGAGGAGGAAAACCCUCGGCAUCUGAUAUUGCUAUAUAUCUAAGUUUGAGUAUCAUUCUAAAACCUCCAACUCCAGCUCCACCACAAUGUGGACUAAGAAUUUUUAGAGCUCCUCGUAUAUCUUCCCAACAUCGUGAAAUUCCCCCAGUUGAUAAAACGGGAAGACCCUAUGCACGAAUAAUGUGCGAAGUUGCAGUAUUUCAAAAGUAUGAUGGUUUAAGAGGUUGGAAUGAUAAAAGAUCUAUAAGAAAUAUGAAUGGUCAAUUUGACCGAUAUAUAAUUGUACAUGUAAGACUUUGGACACGUCAGGUAACACCAAUACUAGGAAGACAUAUAGCAGUAGCAGGACAGCCAGGAGUUUAUUAUGAGGAGAGUGGAGUUCUUACACUUAGGUGUGGUCCUUCUGGCACUUAUGUAAUCAAUAAACAACCAUCUAACAAACAAAUUUAG